AUGGAGUUGAUUCCAAAACCAGUUCAAGGUACCUUGAAGAGAUACUGGCGAAGACAAAGAUACCAACGACUCCAUGGUUCCAAACCAGUCCGAAAGAACGUAAAGAUUACGAGGUUCGGAGGCAGCCCACGAAGAAGAGUGUGGAGGAUCAGAGCUGUUCCAAAGUUGCGCUUAAAGAAUUUCUCACCUUCGAAGCUUUGGACCAAGAUAAAGAAUGCUUAUAUGAACAUGAUGGUUAGCUUGGCUGGCAACGUGGGUAGCUUGAAUACUAGCAAUGUUUUCGGAGAUAAACGGAUCCCAAAGGAACGCCAAGUUUCUCAUGUAGUUUAUUCGACUGAAGAAGUUGAGAAUAGGCUGAUUUUAGAGAUUUAUAAGGCCUUGCUAGCUUCUCGUGAAUUAAGUACCAAAUAG